AUGUCGAGCGAGUCACCAUUACGCACACCUAUCCAGAAUGUAGUUCUGGAUACUACAAAACUUUCCACUUCAUCGACAGCAUCAGUCUGGGAUCGCAUUACCGGCUGGGCUUCUGAAAACAAGGCCCUCGUCUACACCAUUGCCGGUGUCGCCGUUGUUGUGACCAGCGCCGGUGUUGUCUACUACCUGAACGAUUCCAGCAAGCCUGCCUCUAGCAAGCCUUCUACACCCAAAAAGAGCAAGAGUCAGCGACGAAAAGAAAAGAAGAAGGCUGAGGAGGAAAAAAAGAAGGCCGCUUCAGUGCAGGAUGAGUCUACUCCUAAGAAGGCCGUAGAGGAGCCAUCUGAGGAUAUCCCAGAGGUCGAUGAGACAACUGUGCCACAGUUGUCUGAAGAAACUCGCAAGGAGUAUGCCUCCAAGCUAAAGUUGGCCGGUAACAAGGCUUACGGCUCCAAAGACUACAACAAGGCCAUUGAUCUGUAUGGCAGGGCCAUUAUCUGCAAGCCCGACCCCGUUUUCUACUCGAAUCGCGCCGCUUGCUAUAACGUUUUGUCGGAAUGGGAGAAGGUUGUUGAGGACACCACCGCCGCACUGGCAAUGGACAGUGAAUACGUCAAGGCUCUCAAUCGCCGAGCUAUCGCAUACGAGCACCUCGGCAAAUUCAGCGAGGCUCUUCUCGACUUCACUGCCAGCUGCAUUAUCGACGGUUUCUCCAACGACGUCAGCCGCACCUCCCUCGAGCGUCUCCUGAAGAAGAUCGCCGAACUGAAGAGCAAAGCUAUCCUGGAGUCCCGGAACAAGAAGCUACCCAGUGCUACCUUUGUUUCGAAUUACCUGCAAAGCUUCCGUCCCCGUCCUUUGCCCGAGGGACUGGAGGAGUCUGUUGAGCUGAGCGAGGACUCAGGUAAAGGUCUUUUGCGCAAGGGUCUGAUUGCUAUGGAUCUGAAGACUGGCGAAGGCUACGAAGAGGCUGCCGCUUCAUUCGAGAAGUCUCUUGAAGCCGGUGACCUUGACGAGUUCGAGGCUCUGGCUCUGAACAUGCGGGCCACCUUCACAUACCUUGCUGGCAAUGCCACUAGCGCGCUUGAGGACCUCAACAAGAGUAUUGAGAUCCAACCAUCCCUUGUUCAGAGCUACAUCAAGCGUGCUAGCUUGCAUCUUGAGCUUGGCAACAAGGACGCCGCCGCUGAUGACUUUGAGCUUGCCAUUACCAAUGACAAGGAUGACCCUGAUAUUUACUACCACCGCGCACAGCUUCACUUCAUCCUCGGCGAGUUCGCCGAGGCCGCCAAGGACUAUCAAAAGUCCAUCGAUCUUGACCGAUCAUUCAUCUUCUCUCACAUUCAACUUGGUGUAACUCAGUACAAGAUGGGAUCAGUUGCGUCAGCAAUGGCCACUUUCCGCCGAUCAGUCAAGAACUUUGAGGAUGUGCCCGAUGUGUACAACUACUACGGUGAGCUUCUGCUCGACCAGCAGAACUAUGCCGAGGCCAUUGAGAAGUUUGACAAGGCUGUUGAGAUGGAGAAGGCUAGCAAGCCCAUGGGCAUCAAUGUCUUGCCGCUGAUCAACAAAGCUCUUGCCCUGUUCCAGUUCAAGCAUGACUUCCAAGAGGCCGAGAAUUUGUGUCAGAAGGCUCUCAUUAUCGAUCCCGAGUGUGAUAUUGCCGUCGGCACCAUGGCUCAGCUGCUCUUGCAGCAAGGCAAGGUCUCACAGGCCUUGAAGUACUUUGAACGGGCAGCUGAGCUUGCUCGCACUGAGGCUGAGAUAAUCAACGCCAUCUCCUACGCCGAGGCUACCCGCACCCAGUUAGAGGUUCAAGAGAAGUAUCCCCAACUGGCUGCCCGUCUGAAUGCCAUGGGUGGUAUGGCUCCUGGUGCACCCAUGUAA